GUAGCUUUCGCGUGGGCUCCUCCGGCAAAGCGCUCGUCGCCGGUGCUGCCCAUCGCUGGCUCCAUUCCUGGCACAGUGCCGGUGGGCCGCCAGCCGCCGAAGCCGAAGGCGGCCAGAGACACUUGGCUCCGGGUGGUGAAGGCGAAGCCGCCGGUGGUGCCAGCGAAGUCUCCGGUCUUUAUGAAGCCCACCCAGAAGUUCCCG